ACAUAUCAUAAUAUUCAUUUUUAAAUCGCUUUUAUAUUUGAUGUUGGCUUUAGUUAGUGACAACAAAGAUACAAAGAAGUAUCGAUAUGCACAGAAAUCUUUCGAUUUAAGGGUUCUGAAUUAAGAAAAACUUUGCUUAAAGACGUUGAACUACCGAUAAGUUGGAGGUUAUUAACUUAUCUUGUUAAGAAGAAAUAAGGUUUUAUAAAAAAUGUCUAUGGUUGUCAGUAUGCUUUUGCAUAUAUUGCUAUCGAUAGUGCAAUUUUAUAAUAUUAAGCUGUCGAUAAUAGAACAUCUCUAAACUGAUAAUAGCAAUAAACCUUUGUCUAGAUAUAAACAUAUUAGUAAUCGAAAAAAGUGCAGCGUGAACUGUUUCUUUUAAAUUAAAAAGAAACAUAGAAAUUAAGCAAAAAAAAAAAAAAAAUUGGGAACAAAUUUGGGGUUUAGAGAAUAUUUAUUACUAAAGGUGCAGGUGAUCUGGUGAUUAAAUUUGUGUGGUUCCCCUUUUAAAUUUUUUUUCAUGUCAUUAAUGUAAAAUCAAAAAUAUAUUAUUAACAAUGAAUCGCAAAGAAAAACGCCGUGAUCUUCGUAAUUCUUUGGAAGACUUUUGGCUGAAGGAGUCCAAAUUUCUGGAACAGAUCUUCGAUAGGCACAUUCCCUUUGAUUGCAAAAAUCUGAUGAAGUUCCACGACCUUGUCUAUCACCACUGCUCUAGCUUUGUUCAUGAUCCAAGUGUGCGAUCCCAAGAUCCCGGAAAAUACUUUUAUGAAGGUCUGACUUUAUUCUUAAAUUCACGGCUUAAAGCAAUAGCGUUGGAUAUGGAAAAUAUUGGGGAUGACGAAUACCUGAUCACUAAAUACGUCGAAGAGUGGGAGCCGUUUCGGAAAUCCUGCGAGAUAUUGGACCGAGGAUGUCGAUACUUCAACAACAACUGGGUGAAGCGAGAGCACUUUGAAGGCAACAGCUAUGUUCAUGAAGUCUACCGCAUGGCAAUGAUUCAAUGGAAAGAGCUGGUGUUCAGCCCUAUUGACAGGGCCUUGGUCACUGCCAUAACCCUGGUGGUUAAUCUAAAAUCCAAAGAUUGCACCAAUAUCAAAUCCCUGGUCUAUAAGGUACUUAAAUCAAUUGUAGAGCUAUAUGCCAACGAUGAGAGGCAAGAAGUGCCGGUGCAUAUUAAACUCAAGAAUGUGUUCACUGACAAAGUGGUGGCUUUCUACAAGUCGGAGACUUUGUCUGAAUUCCAAAGGGUCAUCUCCUCCUAUAAAUACGACGGGCUAAAGCACUUUUUAAAAUAUGCAUAUUUAGCAAUGCCAGAACACGAAUAUGGAGUUCAUUUUGAAGCAAUUCUAAAAACACUAAUCGCUCCGCACCUGCAGGAAACUAUUGCAAAAUCAUUGGGUGGUAAAGACUACAUUCAGGCCAUCUUGGAAUACAAUUCAUUAAAGAGGCAAAUGCAGGAUCACAAAAGGCUGUUGGCCGUUAUCGAUCAGUUGUGCCAGGAUGAAAUAAACAAAAUGAAUCAGAAGAUGAAUCCCAUCAGUGUUCUGGUCUUAUACUCCAACGAACUGAUGAUCAAGAAACACCAGACUGAUCAAAUGAUUACUGAUGAACUUAAACGAAUCGUUCAAGUGGUGAGGUUUCUAAAUGAAAAGGACAAAUUUGUUCAACAAUAUUUGCAAGUCCUAAGGGCUAGACAAAUCCAAGAGACAUCCACCUCGGACGAACUUGAGUCUACUAUGGUUUCCCUUUUGAAAAAGGAGUUCGGACAUGAUCUCACAGUUACAUUAACAGAACAGUUGGCGGAAUUAGAUCGAUCAAGAAUCUUUAAGGAACGGUUUGAAAAUUAUUUGGAUGGAAAAGGCGUAAAGCUGGAAUUUGAUUUUCGUCUCAAGUAUUUUACAAACCGCGGGUUUGAUGAAAAUUGCAAACUUAUUUUGCCCUUGGAACUUAAUCGAGCUGUUCAGGAAUUUACAUUAUCAAAUCAGGUUAUAAAGAGCGGAAAGAUUGAAUUCAAUUACAAUAUAUCGACUGGCGAAAUAGUCUGCAAUUUAGAUCGAUCGACUCAUAUCCUUGAGGUAAGCACUUUACAAAUGGCGAUAUUGCUCCAGUUCAACGAACAGAAAACAUUUACGAUCAAUGAAUUGGCGGACAGGUUGGGCACAAAGAUAGAGACUUUGCAACCGGUACUGGACUUUUGGAUAAGGAUCAGCUUACUAAUUUCUAGCGGCACAUAUGUGAAAAUUAACACUAACUUCACAAAUAAAAAGCGACGACUUAAUGUAAGCAAGGUUGUAACUAAAACUAGAAAGAUCGAAGUGAGAGAUGAAUAUGAAUUAAAAAUAAGGCGGAUACAUAUUACAAAUGCAGCAGUAGUGCGCAUAAUGAAGAAGCAUAAAGUCCUGGAACAUUCGCAGUUAGUUGGGUAUGUUCUUGAGGAGCUAAAGAAUAUAUUUACACCAGAAAUAGGAUUCAUUAAGGAUAGAAUCAAUGAUUUACUUAAAAAGGACCCGGCAGACUUGGAGCUUGUUGGGGCUAGUACGUACAGAUACACUUAAUUAUCGUCUAACAUCAUUUACAGAUAUACCAAU